GCCCUUGCACCCGGACCACCACCAUCGCCCCUCUCCAGCGCACCCCCAUCUGCCUGGUCGCUCCCCAUCUGCCGCUUAGAUCCGCCAACUCCGCUAUCGUUCUAUGGCUAUCGUGGAUUGCCACGCAGACCCCUCUUGCCUUCACAGAUCCUUGCCUACUUCUGACACAGAUUCACAAAAUGGAUUCAACGCCGUUCAGCGCGACCCGACGUCUUGGGAUGCCUCGCUGCCUGCUAGUCAGGGCCUCUACGUGAACGACCUCGAGAAGGAUGCCUGCGGUGUGGGCUUCAUCUGCCAUAUCAAGGGCGACCAGAGCCACAAAAUCGUCUCCGAUGCUCGUCAACUCCUCUGUGCUAUGACCCAUCGCGGCGCCACCGGCGCAGAUAGCCGCGACGGCGACGGUGCGGGAGUCAUGACCGGUAUCCCUCACCUCUUCUUCAAGCGGGAGGGUGAGCGCGAAAUCGGCUGCGAGCUUCCGGAGGCCGGCCAGUACGCCGUCGGGAACGUCUUCUUCAAGGCCAACAACCCCGUCGCUCUUCAGCAGCAGCAGGCUAUCUUCUCAAAGAUUGCGGGAGACCUAGGUCUCCGCGUCCUCGGAUGGAGAGAGGUCCCAACCGACGGCACCAUCCUUGGCCCGGCGGCCGCAAGCAAAGAGCCCGCUAUCCUUCAGCCGUUCGUAGUCUUGCGUUCUCACUAUGGUGAGGGUAACACCCCUCGCGGUGGUGCGUUCGACGCCAAGCUCUUCGAGUGUCAGCUCUAUAUCCUACGCAAGCACGCGACGCACACCAUUUCGCUCUCGAAGGGCUUCUAUAUCUGUUCGCUUUCAUCCAAGAACAUCGUCUACAAGGGUCAGCUCUCGCCGCCGCAAGUGUACAACUACUACCACGACCUGAACCAUGUCCUCUACCGUUCGCACUUCGCACUCGUCCACUCUCGCUUUUCCACCAACACCUUCCCCAGCUGGGACCGUGCUCAGCCCAUGAGGUGGGCCGCACAUAACGGUGAGAUCAACACCCUCCGCGGUAAUCGGAACUGGAUGCGCGCUCGCGAGGGCGUACUCUCCUCGUCCCACUUUGGAGAUCAGCUUGACCUCUUAUACCCUAUCAUCGAGUCUGGUGGUUCCGACUCUGCUGCGUUCGACAACGUGCUUGAGUUGCUUGUCGUGAACGGCGUUUUGACCCUUCCUGAGGCUAUCAUGAUGCUUAUCCCAGAAGCAUGGCAGGGCAAUGAUAUCAUGGAGCCUGAGAAGAAGGCGUUCUACAAUUGGGCUGCUUGUCUUCAGGAGCCUUGGGACGGUCCUGCUCUCUUCACUUUCAGCGACGGCCGUUACUGCGGCGCCAACCUCGACCGUAAUGGUCUGCGCCCUUGCCGUUACGUCGUGACCAAUGAGGACAUCAUUGUAUGCGCCUCUGAGGUCGGCGCACUCUACAUCUCCCCUGAGAAAGUCAUACAGAAGGGCCGUCUCAAGCCCGGACGCAUGCUCCUCGUCGACACCGAGGAGGGCCGCAUCGUCGACGACAAGGAGCUCAAGCGCACCACUGCGCGGAAGCAGAACUUCGCGUCCUGGAUCGAGACCAACCUGCUCAACGUCCCUACAAUCGUGAAACGCGUCCAGCGUGCUACUUCCGUCGAGCCGUCUAUCGAUCACUACUCCCUCAGUACCGAUCCCAAGUUGCUCGCGUUCGGCUACACUGUCGAACAGCUCAACUUGCUCAUGCUUCCCAUGUUCACCGACGGCAAGGAGGCACUUGGCUCUAUGGGUAACGAUGCUCCCCUCGCCGCCAUGUCGACGCAACCCCGCCUCAUCUACGACUACUUCCGCCAACUCUUUGCUCAGGUCACCAAUCCCCCUAUCGACGCGAUCCGAGAGUCGAUAGUCAUGUCUCUCGAGUGCUAUGUCGGUCCCGAAGGAAACCUUCUUGAGAUGAAUCCUCAGCAGUGCCACCGUAUCCUCCUCCCCUCUCCCAUCCUGUCGCUCGAGGAGAUGAACGCCAUGAAGAAUCUCAAGCACGCGUACGCGACCUGGCCCUCCCGCACCAUAGACAUCACAUUCCCGAAGGAGUUCGGCCUGCCGGGCUACAAGCUCGCGCUCGAGCGCGUUUGCUCUGAGGCGACGCAAGCUAUCGAAGAUGGCAUCAAGGUCAUCAUCCUCUCCGAUCGCGAGACCGGACCGACCCGCGUUGCGCUUUCGGCCCUGGUCGCGUGCGGUGGCGUCCACCACCACCUCGUCACUCAGAAGAAGCGUGCGAAGGUCGCGCUCAUGGUCGAGACUGCGGAGGCCCGCGAAGUCCACCACCUCUGCGUUCUUCUCGGAUACGGCGCCGACGCUAUCUGCCCAUGGCUUACGAUGGAGUCUAUCCACAAGGUCGUCCGGGAAGGACUGGUUAAGGAUAACAAGACGCUCGACGACCUGAUGGCCAACUACCGCCACUCGGUAGAUGGGGGUAUCCUCAAGGUGAUGUCGAAGAUGGGUAUUUCUACCCUGCAAUCGUACAAAGGCGCGCAGAUUUUCGAGGCGCUCGGAUUACACACGGAAGUGAUCGAGAAGUGCUUCGUUGGAACCGCGAGUCGUGUUCAGGGGGCGACCUUCGAUCUUCUAGCGAUGGACGCGUUCGAGAUGCAUGAGCGUGGCUGGCCUUCCCGUGAAACCAUCAUUCCGCCUGGGAUGCCGGAGUCAGGAGAAUACCACUGGCGUUCCGGCGGGGAAGCACACGUCAACGAUCCGUCAGGAAUCGCUAAUCUCCAGGAUGCCGUCCGAGAGAAGAACCAGCGUGCGUACGAUGCGUAUGCCACCAAUGCGAACGAGCAGACCAGGGCAGUUCAUCUCCGCGGCCUCCUCGAUUUCCGGUACGAGAAUGUCACUCCGAUCCCGAUCGAGCAAGUAGAGCCCUGGAAUGAAAUUGUUCGCCGGUUUGUCACCGGUGCGAUGUCGUACGGGUCAAUCUCGAUGGAGGCGCACUCCACGCUCGCCAUCGCCAUGAACCGGCUUGGCGGGAAGUCGAACACGGGCGAGGGCGGCGAGGAUGCCGAGCGUUCCCAGCCUCUGCCCAACGGCGACAUCAUGCGCUCCGCGAUCAAGCAGGUCGCGUCUGGUCGGUUCGGUGUCACUUCUAACUACCUCGCGGAUGCGGACGAGCUCCAGAUAAAGAUGGCACAAGGGGCCAAGCCGGGCGAAGGUGGUGAGCUUCCCGGACACAAGGUGUCGACGUCCAUCGCGCGCACCCGGCACUCGACAGCCGGUGUCGGUCUCAUCUCGCCUCCUCCGCACCACGAUAUCUACUCGAUCGAGGAUCUCAAGCAGCUCAUCUACGACCUCAAGUGCUCAAACCCUCGUGCUCGUGUCUCUGUCAAGCUCGUGUCCGAGGUCGGUGUUGGUAUUGUUGCGAGCGGCGUCGCGAAGGCGAAGGCGGAUCACAUCCUCAUCUCUGGGCACGAUGGAGGUACUGGUGCGUCCCGUUGGACCGGUAUCAAGUACGCUGGCCUCCCGUGGGAGCUUGGUCUCGCCGAGACCCACCAGACGCUUGUUCUCAACGAUCUCCGCGGCCGUGUCACUGUCCAGACCGACGGACAGCUUCGUACUGGACGCGACCUUGCUAUCGCGUGCUUGCUUGGUGCCGAAGAGUGGGGCUUCGCUACCACCCCUCUUAUCGCCAUGGGUUGUAUUAUGAUGCGCAAGUGUCAUCUGAACACCUGCCCUGUUGGUAUUGCUACCCAGGACCCGCAGCUCCGUGCGAAGUUCGCAGGCCAACCUGAGCAGGUGAUCAACUUCUUCUACUACAUCGCCGAAGAUCUCCGUCAGUAUAUGGCCAAGCUCGGCUUCCGUACGAUCAACGAGAUGGUUGGUCGCGCUGAUAUGCUCAAGGUUGACGAGAAGCUACGGACGCCGAAGACCGCACACCUCGACCUCAGCGCCAUCCUCAAGCCUGCUUGGCAAAUGCGGCCUGGGGCCGCCACCUAUCGCGUUCGUCCCCAGGACCACAAGCUCUACAUCCGUCUCGACAACAAGUUCAUCGACGAGGCCGAGCCCGCGCUCACGAGUGGUCUUCCUGUCCACGUUGACUGUGAUGUCACCAACACGGACCGCGCCCUCGGCACCUCUUUGUCGUACCGGGUCUCAAAGUUGUACGGCGAGGAGGGUCUUCCCAAGGACACGAUUCACAUCUCCAUGCGAGGUUCCGCCGGUCAGUCUCUCGGCGCCUUCCUCGCGCCUGGUAUCACCAUCGAGCUCGAAGGCGACGCGAACGACUACGUCGGCAAGGGUCUCUCUGGCGGCCGUCUCAUUGUCUACCCGCCUAAGCAAUCGACGUUUAAGGCUGAGGAGAACAUCAUCAUCGGCAAUGUCUGCUUGUACGGUGCUACCUCCGGUGAGGCGUUCAUCCGUGGUAUUGCUGCUGAACGUUUCGCUGUCCGCAACUCUGGUGCGAACGCCGUUGUAGAGGGUACUGGUGAUCACGGUUGCGAGUACAUGACUGGUGGUCGCGUCGUCGUCCUCGGCAGCACCGGCCGCAAUUUCGCUGCCGGUAUGAGCGGUGGUAUCGCGUACGUCCUCGACACCGCACACACUUUCGCAUCGAAGGUAAACAUGGAGAUGGUCGAGCUCGGAAAGGUCACAGAUCCCAAGGAGAUCGCUGAGCUUCGUGGUCUUAUCGAGGACCACCGUCAUUAUACCGGCUCAGAGGUGGCCGAUCGCGUCCUCCACGACUUCCACCAUCUCCUUCCUCUCUUCGUCAGGGUCAUGCCUCACGACUACAAGCGGGUCAUCGAAGAGCAGGCCGCCAAAGCCAAGGAGGAGAGGAUGCGCCAGAGCGUCAUCGACCUCGUGCCAUCGCGCACUGCCAGCCAAGUCGACCUUGCGUCGGAAGGUCUCGAGGACCUUCUUCUUCCCAAGGAGCCUCCUUCGCGCAUGAGCCGCACUAGCUCUCGCCUGCGCCAUGAGCCUGCUGUCCAGGACCUCGAGGACUCCCUAGUCGACGAGGCCACGACCAAGAACCGUCUUAACAAGCUCGAUAAGACGCGUGGCUUCAUGAAGUACAAGCGUCUGACGGAGACUUACCGCCCCCCUCGCAAGCGGGUCAAGGACUGGAAGGAGAUCUCGCACCGUCUCAACGACGAUGAGCUAAAGUACCAGUCAGCCCGUUGCAUGGACUGCGGUGUUCCCUUCUGCCAGUCCGACACUGGCUGUCCGAUUUCGAACGUCAUACCCAAGUGGAACGACCUCGUGUUCAAGAACCAGUGGCACGACGCACUCAACCGACUGCUGUUGACGAACAACUUCCCCGAGUUUACUGGUCGCGUCUGCCCUGCCCCGUGCGAGGGCGCAUGUGUGCUUGGCAUAAACGAGCAGCCCGUCGGUAUCAAGAGCAUCGAAUGCGCAAUCAUCGAUAAGGGCUUCGAGAUGGGCUGGAUGGCUCCUCAGAUUCCUCAAUUCCGCACGGGCAAGAAGAUCGCUAUCAUUGGCUCCGGCCCUGCUGGUCUUGCGGCUGCUGACCAGCUCAACAAGGCUGGCCACUGGGUUACCGUCUACGACCGCAACGACCGCAUGGGUGGUCUUCUCAUGUACGGUAUCCCCAAUAUGAAACUCGACAAGGGCGUGGUCCAGCGUCGUCUCGACCUCAUGGCCGCCGAGGGCGUGACCUUCGUCCCGAGCACCUUCGUCGGCAAGGACGUCGACAUCAACGACAUCCGCCAGGAGAAUGAUGCAGUUAUUCUUGCGACUGGCGCGACCUGGCCUCGUGACCUCAAGAUACCGAACCGUGAGGUUGACGGCAUCCACUUCGCCAUGGAGUUCCUCCAGCUCAACACCAAAUCCUUGCUUGACUCCGAGCUCCAGAAUGGCAGCUACAUUUCUGCCAAGGGCAAAGACGUCAUCGUCAUCGGCGGUGGUGACACCGGCAACGACUGCAUCGGUACUGCGAUGCGCCACGGUGCGAAGUCCGUCACGAACUUCGAGCUUUUGCCCAAGCCUCCACAGGGCCGCGGUCGCGAUAACCCCUGGCCGCAGUGGCCUCGCAUCUUCCGUACCGACUACGGCCACACUGAGGUUGCGGCGCACUUCGGCAGCGACCCGCGCGAGUACUGCAUCUCGACGAAGGAGUUCGUCGUCGAUGAAGAGGGCAAGCUCAAGGGCCUCAACACUGUUCGCGUCGAGUGGACCAAGGACAGCGGAGGACGCUGGAAGAUGGAGGAAGUCCUCGGGUCGGAGAAGUUCUUCCCUGCUCAGCUCGUCUUCCUUGCUCUCGGUUUCCUGGGUCCCGAGGCCGAGGUCCUCAAGUCGCUUGGCGUCAAGCAGGACGCACGCAGCAACAUCCAGACCCCAACGAACAAAUACUCGACGAGCGUCGAAGGCGUCUUCGCUGCAGGUGACUGCCGUCGUGGUCAGUCGCUCAUUGUAUGGGGUAUCCAGGAGGGUCGUCGCUGCGCUGCCGAGGUUGACGCGUGGUUGAGCAAUGGCGUCACCCGCCUCCCCUUCGACGGUGGUAUCAAGACCAGGACCUUCAUCCCUCCCAAGAGCACCCUCACUGGGGGCGGGCAGGCCAUCACUGUCGAGGCUUAAAGCUUAGGUGCCUGCACGCCUUUCCUGGUCUCAGACCUCGAUCUCUAUUCUAUGAUGCUCAAACUUGGAUUCAUUUACGUCCUUUUCUCAAUCAUGCCGAUUCAUCUGUUAUCACUCGCAUCCCUCUUUCUUUCUUUCGUAUACAUCGUCUUGAUUUCUCGGGCUUGUUUCACCAGAUGUCGUGUUUUGGCUUGUCACAGACAUAUUUCAUGCAGUGUGUAUGAAGGAGUGUACGUUCGGAGUGGACAGCCGAGAGAAGUCUACACGGAAGAAAGUACAGUACUAUUACGCGCAUUCAUUACUAUAUCACUAGCAUCGUCGAGUUAAAAGUGUAAACUGUACAUAAUAGCAUGCUUAUUUCCCCAGA